AUGGAGACGUCUUCCCCAACUCGAGGAUCGCCAUCGGAGCAGCUUGCUGCAUUCAAUCCGAUGGGGUAUGAACCUUUUGCUCAUCGAGGGAACCCUGUUUCGUUCCCUGGAAUGGAGACAAUCCGUCCAACUGCUGAUCCGUUUGCCGGUUGGUCCAAUGAGGCAGGGCCUACGCGCGUUGCUUCGUCUCAAACCACUACUACAGGCUCUGCUUCUAGCUAUGCUUACCCAGCGCCCGCUACCCUUGACCAGGCAAACACUCAGUACCAGUACUCGUCUGUUUCGCCUCGGCUGGCUCGAACAAUUAACGCAACUCGCACUGUCAUCGGACAAUCCCAGGUCUCUUCUGCUUCACCUCAUGUGUCUCCCACAAACCCUGGUCCUGGUGGAAUGCCAUACUCGCCCUCGCAUGCCCAGGCAUCUCGGUCGCUGGAUUACAUGACAUGCUCACCUAUUUCUUCGACUCAUACUCAGGCGCGUCUGGGAGCAUCCCAAUAUCUCAUCUCUCCGGUUCAGAAAAGCAUUGCCAAUGCUCGGUACUCCCCAUCGCGUGAUAUCACUUAUGCAUACAACCCAACCCCAGAUUUCAUAUCUAGCUUGUUCGCAACCACCCAGGAUUCCACGGUCAGAGAUGCCGUUGCCGCUCCCAACGAAUUGACCCAUGUUUCCCGCGGUGACCAAGCUGGUCGCGCUACCAGUACAACCAACCUGUCUUUACAAUCCCUCUCCGGUGGAACUCAUGAUGUUGCUGAAAAGCAUCGAAGCUUUAUCGUACACAAUGUCCCUGUCGACACUACCCACCGCUCGAUUGUUAUGAUGUUUCCCAUUGACGAAUAUCCCUCCCUUGAGGAUGUUUGUCUCAAGCAAGUUGAGACUCAAGGCGCGUUCUCGUUUUCGUUUAGUGACCUUCGAGAAGCCAUCCGCGCGAUGAAGAACAUUCGCCAAACUCGUCCUGCAUGGCACGUCAUGCCUGCCAAUUGCAAAGAGAUUGCCAAUUUUAAGGGAACUAGCGGGGCUAAUUCCUCUUCCUCUGUUCAUCAGGAUGGUGCAUUCCUGCUUUCUGUGUACACCAUCCCAAAUCAGUGGCUCCUGGAACCUAUGGACGAUGUUGUUCAACAGGUCGUCACUUCCCUUGGGACCCCGCGUUCUUGCAAGCUUCUUGAGAAUGGAACUAACAUGAGUCGAUACCAAGUUGAAUAUUUCAACAAGUGUCACGCGGCUUAUGCUUUUUCAUGUCUCGGUGGGUUCAAGCUCGAGAGCCCCGUUACACCGUAUCACCUCGUGUCCAAGGAGAACGAGGUCGAUGACAAGGUCGACAUUUCUCCGGCUUUUGAGGAGGGCCAAACAAGCGCAGAGCAUGCUAUUAACCUCGACCGAAUCAGAGAAGGACUAGAUGUUCGCAGCACUGUCAUGAUCCGCAACAUUCCCAACAAGAUAACGUCGGACCAAUUGAAGAGCAUCCUUGACGAGUCCAGCUAUGGGAAGUAUGACUUCCUCUACCUGCGCAUGGAUUUUAACCAUCGUUGCAACGUUGGUUAUGCGUUCAUGAACUUCGGUGAUCCAAUUGACAUUGUGAAUCUCGUGCACUCUCGACAGGGCAAGGCUUGGCCCGACUGUAUUUCCGAGAAGAGAGCAGAGAUUUCUUACGCCACACUCCAAGGGAAGGAGACUCUCGUGAACAAGUUCCGAAACAGUCACGUUAUGACCCGCCCUCACGAAGAGCGACCCCGACUCUUCCAUAUCGAUGGCCCCCGCACGGGCACUGAAGCAGCUUUCCCCGGUCCCAAUGAUGCCAGUAAGCUUCGUCGUUCAGUUGCUAGCACUACUCAGCAAGGGCUCUUUGCACCUCGAAACCGGCCUCCCACUACGCCUCGCACCAACCGUACGCGGCCCCAAUCGCAGUCCUUUAGCCAGACUCCGCGGGGUCGAGGAUCAAUCCGCACUCCCCGGUAUUCUGGUGGACGAUCGGUGCAGCAUGCCCCUAGCGAAUUUUCUUCGAUGCGGGCAGAGGACCAUCAAUUCAUCUCCCCAAGAAAUUAG